UUAUUUUAUUUCUUUUCUACUUUUGACGCUUUCUUCGUAGUAACAAAAUGGAAACAAAGAAAACACAAGUUAGAAGCCGCUUCAAUAAGCUGUCAUUAAAGAAAAACAAGACGAAGCUUGAAGAGAUUAAACCCAACCGAAGUUCUGAUGUGUUUAUUCUAGACGACUCGUUUGAUAGGUUAAAGCUAGACUUCCCUCGUAUACAAUCUACACCUAAACUUCAAUCUCCGAUAGUUAUUAAUGACUCAGAUGAAUUUGAAAAUGACUUGCCGAAAGAGGUGAGACAACCCAGCAAAGCUGGUAAUGUUUCCUUUAACCGCUCCAACGAAUCUCCUCUUCGAGAGAAUUUAAAACCAAGACCCAGUAUAGGAGGGUGGUCACCGGCCCAACAAAUAUUAUGCGCCACGCCGAGAACCGAACCUGUACCCUCAACGCCCAAAGACAAAGCCAACGAGUCGCUAGAAAAAUGCUCGAUAAAGAAAAUACAUCACUCCCAAAAGAAAUUACUUGACGACAUCUACGGCGAAGUGUGGAAGUCCAUACCAACUUUAUUUAAAACUGUAUCACACAAAAAUGACAUCGAUGGAAUUUCAAAAAAACUUAACUUUAAUGAUGAUGAUGAUGACAGUGACAAAGAAAAUAUUCACGUAAGACUGAAAAAGACUAAAGAACUAUAUUUGACAGAUUCCGACAGAAAACAUUUAACUAAAGGUGCGGAAGGAGAGAAAUCUUCAAAAAAGAAAUUAUUUACAGAAAAAAUUGUCACACCCCAGCUGACUGUCAAAAAGACUGAAAAACCGGCUGUCAAGAGAAAUGUAAACUCGACUGUCAAGAAGAAAUUACCACCGGGUAAAUCUGUGACAGAAUUAGUGAAGUAUUUGGAAGAAGACGUGGACAGUUUAGUGAAGCGGGUUGAAAAUGUUGCUGUUACUCCGGACAAUGUUAAGAAAUUGACUUUCAUGGGAUCUUUGGCAGACUACAACGUCCCGUCGUGGCGGUGUCAUCGCGAAGCGUUCCAGUACCGGGACAACUUCAAGAACCUUCGCGAGCAACUCACGCGCAGGUUAUACGAGGAAUUCAACAGGGUGGUUUUCGACAAUGCCCUGGAUAACGACCUGCCCAUCGUGUGGGACAGCAAACUCAGGUGUACCGCUGGUACAACAACAAACCGCCUAGUCAAAACAGCGCGAGGCAACCGCAUCCGCACCUCAUCAAUAAAACUGUCAGUCAAAGUACUGGACACGCCUCAACGGGUCCGGGACACUCUUAUACACGAGCUGUGUCAUGCUGCGACUUGGCUGGUCGACUCAGAGUUGAAAGCUGGACAUGGACCGCUGUGGAAGAAAUGGGCGUCCCGCGCUCUGCGAGUGAUCCCCGAGCUGGGCGACAUCUCGCGCUGUCACGACAUGGAGAUACACUACAAAUACACAUACAAGUGCACCAAGUGCGGGUACAGCAUCCAACGCCACUCCAAAUCCAUAGACAUAACCAAGAAAUGCUGCGGUUACUGCCGCGGUACAUUCGAGAUCAUAGUCAACAAGAAAACCAAAGACGGCCAUGUUGUGUCCACACCGGCGCGCAAGGGCGGCGCGAACGAAUUCGCCAUGUAUGUCAAAGAAAACUACGGGACGAUGAAGGAUGGGAAAACACACGCACAGGUUAUGAAGAUAUUGGGAGAACAGUUUUCGGCUAAGAAGAAACCUAAGGAGGCUACUUAACCCCUCAACUGGUCUAAAAUUCU